AUGGCAGAGGCCGCAACAGCAGGAGAGGUGCCUCACCACCGCGUCCUCCCGGCCGAGAUCGUCAUCUGGGAGAUCCUCGUCCGCCUGCCACCCAAGGCUCUCCUCCGCUGCCGCACCGUCUGCCGCUCUUGGCGCCGAGCCACCUCCUCUCGCGACUUCCUCCUCGCCCACCACGGCCACCAGCCCGCGCUCUCCGUCCUCUACACGUACGACGUCAGCGACGCCAGCAGCCGUUCCCUCGACAUCGUGCCUUUGGACCACCGGGCCGGUGUCGCCGCCGCCGAUCAGCUCCGUCCGGUCGCCCGGCUUGGCACCGGCGCCAACUGCAUGCAGCUGGAGGCGUCCUGCGACGGGCUUAUCAUCCUCUCCACUUUCGGUGACCCAUGUUUCUCCGUCUGCAACCCGGCCACUCGUCAGCAUGCUCCUCUGCCGUUGCUUCAUGGCUUCAGACUUGCGGGGAUGUACCCGCACCCUCCUACCGGCGAGUACCGGCUACUGCUGUACCCUGAUGUGGGCAUUCAAGAUGCCUGCUAUGUUUACGCGGUGGGCUCCCGCCAGCCGCCGAGGUACAUCGGGCGGCAGGAGGAGAAGGAACUGAUUCAUCGGUUCGUCUCCGUCCUUUGUCGUGGCAACCUGCAUUGGUCCGAAGCGAUGUUGGAGGGCGCGAGCGGCCAACUGAUGGUAUUCGACGGCACAUCCGAGCAGUUCAGGCAGAUGCGCGCUCCUACUGUUCCAGGCGCUGCUCAACUGUUUGAGAUGGAUGGAAUGCUUGGAAUGGCCAGCUCUAAUGAUGCGGCGACAACCAUCUAUAUCUGGAUGAUGCGGGACUACGACAGCGAGGUAUGGGCCUUCAAGUGCCGUGUUGAAUUGCCGGUUGCAGAGCUCGCCAUGCGGUUUCGACUUACCAACUUCUCGAAUCUGGUUGUUUCGUCUUCGGAUGAUAAUGAUGUGCUCAUUCUGGUCGAAUCGGGCGAGUGGCUACUUCAGAUCGACAUCGAUGGCAAGUUGGUCGCCAAGUUCAAUACCAAAUAUCUUAGUAUUACUCCACUUCGUCUCAAGCAAACUCUUGUUCGGCAUACCUUCUUUCCGACAAUAGAGGGUUAUGUUGUGAACGCUUGGCCUUUCAUCUGA